AGUCAACCCUAAAGAAUCAAUCACAGACUCGCUGAAGCUCUAGAAUUCCUAGCAAGACUUCUAGUGAUGCCAUAGUUAGUUUUAAUCUCACUUCCAGCAUUUCCUUUGUCAACUUUGUUUUAAUAUAUGUGACACUAUUACACAAUAUGUUUAAACUCAUGUCAGUGCAUUAAUGCACCGACCCUGAAACUAAACUUUGAGAACGUAUAUAGAACAUAAACAUUCACUCCUUUUACAUACAAUACCCCAACGUCUUUCAGUGGUAUAACAAAUCAGAAAUAUGAAUGGAAACAACAAUAAAAUUGGUAGGAUUUUUAGCAUAAACAUCAAUAGUGAUCAAGAUUACCAAACGUAUGCAGCUCAACGGAAAUCAUCUGUUGUUCACGAGACUUCAGGUCAGAUCCAUUCUGUUCUGAAUCAGAAUGAGGUAGAAGAUAUAGACAGCUCGGUGGACGGCGAGUUCCGGUUGAAAGAACAUAAUGACUUUAGCAACAGUCAACAUUUUCAAGGAAGUGGAAGCUUAUUAUCGGAUAGACACACUAGUACUUUGCCGGAAUUAACCAAUCAAACACCCGUUAAUGUACGGAAAUGGUUUGUCUUAACCAGCAGCUUCUUCAAUCUGUUUAUCACCGGGGGAUUUCCAUUCAACAUGUCUGUCCUUUUUGUAGAGUUUUUAAAAGCGUUUGGAAAAAGCAAAGCGGAAACUUCAUUGGUGCAGUCGGUAUGCACAGGAGUCUAUUCUAUUGGAGGUUUAUUAACUGGUGAGCUUGUCACUAAAUUUGGAACAAAGAUUUGUGGUUGCUGUGGAGCGUUACUUUCUGCUAUUGGAAUUGCUGUUUGCUUUAUUGCGCCAAAUCUGGAGUUUCUUAUUUUUUUCGUGGGAGUCAUGUCAGGUGCUGGGUUUUCACUUAAUGCAAUUUGUGCAUCAACAAGUGUUUCUCAAAACUUUUUACCGAAAAAAAGGGUCCUCGCUCUCGCCUUUGUAUCAACGGGCUCUGGUAUUGGUACCCUGUGUUUCCCACUACUGCUUCAGUAUUUCAUUGACACUUAUGGCUGGAGAGGUUGCCUUUUGAUUAUUUCUGGGAUCGUCCUUAACCAGUUAGCCUGUGGUCUAAUGUCUGGCCCUGACGUAAUUCGACCAGCAGCCUCAAAAUUUCAGCAGAAUAUGACAGAGAACAAUGAAACAGGAGACUCUAAUACAACGUUAUCAAGGCUAAAGGCUACACUUCAGAACAAAGUGUUUAUUGGAUUCUGUUUUGCAUUAUCGCUUAUAUUAGCGGCAUUUGAUGGCUUAAUCAUAUUUUUCGUCGACUUCUUCGAACAGAAAGGAUUCAACCGUACAUCAGUAGUUUGGUUAUAUUCCGGCAUGAGUAUCGCUAGCAUGAUUUUCAGAUUCAUUUCAGGAUUAAUAGCACAGAGUCCGAAAGUCCCAAAAUUAGCCAUUCCUGCUAUGUGUGCCUUUCUUGGUUGUAUAAGUCUAAGCUUGCUUCCAUUCAUGACCUCAUAUUCAUUGAACGCUGUAGCUAUAGCGCUCUUUGGGUCAGCCCUGGGAGGCACAGUGACUGUGGUAUCUAUUACAACCCUAGAGUUGGUGGGAGAAAAGAAAUUCCCGACGGGGCUUGGCAUUGUGUUUGCCGCUUCUGGAAUUGCCAAUAUCGUGGGCGCUCCGAUAGCAGGUAACUUCCGAGACAUUUCUGGGUCCUACACAUAUAGCGUCCUGUCUGGGGCGGGGGCCUGUCUCCUCGCUUGUUUCAUUUUUACACUUGCCAUGAUCUAUCAGAGGCGACACGGUGAGGAUCCUCGGUCCAGAUUCAACGUGGAGAUUAAUGUAAACGCCCGGUGGAAGUCGCGUAGACGGUCUAGUUUCCUGCCCUGGAGAGAGAGCGUAGAUCUCGGAUUUUCUAUUUGAAGAGGGAGUGACUUCAGUAAAGUCUUAAUCUCAUCGGAAGAAUGAUGCACUUAGUACAAGUAGAUGGGACACAUCCCAAAUAUUGACCGUUAAUUCACUCUCAAUGUAUUUCUAGAUUUUGUAAACAAAUUAAUGAGUUCAAUGGAAAUAUGGUUUUAGUUUACUUAAUAAUUAAAAGUGUCAUGUAUGUUUAUUACCAUGUUUUAAAUAGAUAGUGAUUUAAAUCGUACUAGAAUAUUUCUUCAAUUCAAUAUGAGCAUAUUUUAAAAAAAAAAUUUCACUUUAUUUUAGGUCCAAAUGUUUGAUUGGGGUGUAUUGUAUUAAAUAGUUUUUGUUUUGAAUUAUCUCAGUCUAUUUAAUUGACUUAAACGCAUAUAAAUCUCUCUAUUCAAAAUAUAGUUUUUCUAAGAUAUAAAAAGCACAAGUGGCUUAAUGUAUUAGAGUCGUUUCUAUAUAUGUAUUAGAUUGUCUAAUUAAUUUCAAGUAUAACGCGCAAAGGAAAAUGUACAUGUACUAAUGUUCAAUAGUAUUGGAAUCAUUUUACAUUGAACUUUAAAAAAUGAAAUGAUCUAGGAUCAAGGGGAUAAAUAAGUCAACGUAUGUAUGAAACCCCUCGACAAAAUAAAUAGAGACUGGGCAUUUUUGCAACCCUAUAUCAUAAGUCUUCUUCAUUUUGCGAUCUAUGUUUCUUGUAUACAAACCAUUUUUUAUUUAAUUUCAUAUUUUUUUUUUCGAUUUUUAGUUUAGUCAACAAUAUGAGUGGGUUUUUAAUUGGUACUUUUAGAUGGUUACCAAUGUUCCCCUGCUUAUUGAUUUGCAGAAAGAAGUUUAUAAUUUGACUUGUUUUAGCUGUGCCAUAGUUAAUUCAAGAAUUUUUGAUGACAUUUAAUUAGUAAAUGCAUGCCCAUUGAUAUGUUUUUAUAGUGCAACAAUUUCACUUCACAGUUUAAUGUGUCUAAAUGAGAGAAAAAAAAUGUGCAAUGCUAUUUUGUAGAUUCUAUCGUCAACUUGCCUUACUUAUGUAGCAAUAUACCUUCAUCACCUGCAAAUGGAGUUUUUGUCUCUCAGUUAAUUUGAUAC